UGGAGCUGCCCACCUUACCAGGAAGUGAUUAGCACACACCCACAGGAGGAAACUGAAACACACUUACACACUUCAGAAAGGGUGACUUCUGAGCAGCCUGUGAUGUUGAAAUGAAGCUUGAUGAAAAAGUUGUCACCUAUUUUGAAUCUUGCAACUCACCUGUAGACAAAGAAGGGUUCCUGUACAAGAAGGGUGAGAUAAAGACUUCCUAUCAGAAGCGCUGGUGCGUGUUGAAGGGGAACCUCCUCUUCUACAAGGACCGGCCGUCUGACCGGGACCUGACAGGAGUGAUUGUUCUGGAGGGCUGCACCGUCCAGCUGUGCGAGUCCGAGGAGCAGUUCGCCUUCUCACUGGUGUGGAGCGACCCGGGACUGAGGACGUACAAGUUUGCUGCCGAGGACCAGGCCAGUCAGGAGAGCUGGAUCAAAGCCCUGCUGUCGGCCAACCACAGCUACCUGGCCCUGCUAGUGAUGGACCUGGAGAAGAAGUACAGAGAUGCGUUAGGCGAGUUAUCCAGUGAACCAGCCAACACUUUCAUCAUGCCAAAUUUCAACACAGCAGAAGUGGGACAUCCUGCCGCCUGUUUGAGCGCACAAAUUUCAACCCAGCUCUCCUCGUUUCCAGCGCCAGGCGUGGGAGCAGGGCCCGGUCUGAGCUCCAAUCAGAUGCUUCAAGCUCUGACCAUUUCACCCAAAUCAGCCAGUAAAAAAUCACCCAAACUCUGGCCCAAGAGGAAUGCAAAUGUGGUGCCUAUUAACACUCCUGCUCUGCCGUUGGAGGAGUGGUCAGGGGUCUGUUUUCCCAAGGAGGAGUUUUGUAAAUUGCAUGAGGAUUUUGGAAAAGAGGUGAAGGAACUGAUUGCCGAUUGGUCAAAGAGGGGACAACACGAUGAAGUUGUUCAGGAAGAAAACCUAAUAGAUUUUGGAUGAUACAUGUCAAGUGUAUACGGUGUCUAAAACAUAGAUUCAAUAACUGGGGUUGCAUUGCAAAGCUGUUAUGUAAACAGAACCACAAUUAUUGUUAAGAUAUAUUCCAUAUAUUUAUAUUUGUUUAAGAGCAUGCUGUUUCUUUUUUUACUUAUUGUGCCAUACAAACAAUAAACGAUCUAUGAUCUG